AUGACUCUUUUUGACGGCAUCUACCCCUUCUACCUGCAGCAGAGGAAGGUCUCUGUGUUCGAUGUCAGCACCAUCAUAGUCAUCGUGGUCUUCCUAACGCUCACUUGCAGCUUCCUGCUCAUCAUCCCGGGCAUCCGCGGACGGGCGAGGUUGUACUGGACUCUCCGGGUUCUCCUCAGCCUCGUCGUGGGAGUGGUGAUCGUUGCUGUACAGUUCACAGGAGACUGGGAGACUGGCUGGGUGAAGGCAAACACCUCCUACAAGUCCUUCAGCCGUGCCAUGGUGAACGCGAACAUCGGGCUCCAUGUCGGUCUGGCGGGCGUGAACGUCACGCUCGUGGGAAACCCAGUGAAUCAGGUCAACGAGACCAUCAACUACAACGAGCAUUUUGCCUGGAGCUUCGAUGCAGACUAUGACCACAGCUAUGGUGAAGGCCGGGAGAGGGGGCUGCCCAGCCCCAUCCUCUAUGUGGCAGAGAAGUUCACCACGCAAAGCCCCUGCGGCAUGCUCAGGCAGUACCGUAUCUCCAGCCACUACGCAUCGGCCACUCUCUGGGUGGCCUUUUGCACUUGGCUCAUCUCCAACAUGCUCUUCUCCAUGCCUGUCCUGGUCUAUGGUGGCUACAUGCUCCUGGUCACAGGGGCCUUCAUGAUCUUUUCGUUGCUCUCGUUCUCCACUGUGAGGAACUCCCUGAUGUGCCCAAUCCAGUUUGGGACCGCAACCCUGCGCAUAGGCUAUGGGGGAUCUUUCUGGCUCACGCUAGCGAUUGGCUUGCUCUGUUUUGUGGCUGGGAUCACUGUUGUCGCACUGCACUACUUCAGCUUGGACCUACUGAAAACUUUUUUUGAUCUCCGUGAGGAGAAAGCAGAGGAGUACCAGGAAAUGACUGAAGUGUACGUCAACCCUCAUUUUGUGAACAAAAGACUGUCUCUUUCUCCACCCUCCAAACUCAACCCCAACAACAUCUAG